UCCACAACCUCCGAGGCUAUAUGGCAUCUGGUGCAGGACUCAGCUUCAAAGCCCUAAUGUGUCCACACUUCUCCCUUUAUGAGUUUCUCCUUUGUGCCCAAUUGUUAGGGUUUCCUUUUCACCUAAUUCUGUUUAGAGCUGCAGAACUCGAAACAAUGAGGAUCUUGCUCGAUAUAUUCAAGGAAAGGCAGCAAAAGAAUGCCGAAGCUGGUACAAUUCCUAGCAGCUUCCAUAAGAAGAAACUAGAGGAAAGGUUUAUUGGCAAUAGGGUUUGGAUACUAGCCAAAUAUAGGUUUAUCAAGGGAGUUUGUGGAAUUGUGUCCGCUGUAUCAAGAUAUCGUUGCCUACAGAAGUUCAAUAGACGAGUUUAGAAGGUGAUAUCACAAAUGACGUAUUGUAAAACUAGCCAUGUAGCAGUUCAGAUGGUGUGCACG